AUGGAGAUGGAGACUGGUAAUAAGAAGCAACAAGGAGGGUUUAUGAAAAGCAAGCUGGUUAUGUCAUUUUAUAAGGUUGCUAAGCCUGCUUCAUCAUCUGGUGGGCAAUAUGGAGCAACUUAUAAAGUUGAGUAUCAGAAAGAGCCAUCUUGUGCUGUUGUUCACAAGGUUGAGUAUAAGAAUCCCCAAGGAAGAGGAGGAGGAGGAGGAGCUCUUUCGAGUCGGGAUGGAUAUGUUCACGGCCCUCGUGGUCUCGGGGGUGACGAACACGUGGACACUAAAGCCACAAGCUACAUAUUUCAAGUGAAGGAGAGGCGUCGGCUUGAAGAAAUGAACAUUAUGAAGGAAGAGAAUAUGUGA